AUGCAUCAGAUUCGAAUAUUGUGCAAGCUUUCAUUUUUAGAUCUGAAUGCCACAUUUUCAAGUGCACUCAACAUUGGUCACAAAAAUGACUGGACCGUAUUAGAGCCUGCUGCUGAAAGAUGCCUGCAAUCUCUUGUCAAGCUGGACACUGAUCAGGUCCGUGCUAUUGGAGAAGUAGUUAAGCUUAAGAGAGUCUAUGGGGCCGUUCUUGAACUUCGAAAAAUGGUGAAGGAUACCAAGGAAUCAGACUUAGAAUUCGAUUUAUUUAGUGAAGACUUAAAUGAUAAACCACCAUUUCUUCUUGUUGAAGAGGAAGACUAUCUAGAUAUAGAUCGGGGUUCCUGGAUAACUUGGGAAGAUGAAAUGUUAAUAAAUAGCCUUGAUAUCAUUCUCGAAGGGUCGUGGGAGGAAGUUUCUAGGCGGGUCAAAUCCCACGAUCCUGGCGAGUAUUCCCAUUUCCCACAGAAACAUGAUCUAGGAACAGAUUUGCCAUAUGGUCGCGAAUUUUCUUUGUGUGAGCGUGCAGGUUCCAAAGUUGAUAAUGACACGAAGAAUAUUUCAGAUAUUCUAAAGGUUCUAAAGACACUUAGGGACAUGCACAAGGCUCUUGUGAAAGCGAUCAUAAUUGAAGGUG